AUGCGAGUCGCACCCGGCCUACGUAGGUUGAAGUUCCUCAAGGCUGCACGUAAGCGCGCCUUGGAAGGCGGAGCCCAGACGGGCGCGAUCGAUGAGGGCGGAAGUCCACAUAAGCACACUAAGCGGAGGUCUAUGCAGCAUGAGCGCAAAGAGCGCACCUCCAUUGAGCAAUGGCAUGAAGCUCGCAAGAGCAGGACUUCCAUCGACAUUUGCGCAGCCUUCAACGUCACCACCACCGAUCGGCUGUCCGUGUGCAAGGCGGGCAUCACCCUUCUUAUCAAUCGCACCUACAUCGUCAUCAAGCACUUGGGCUCGGGGUCCAGCGGUCAGGUCAAACUCGCAUUCAAUCUUCGAAGUAAGAAGUUGGUCGCUAUCAAGGCGGUCCGCAAGGGCAGCGGCGGAGGCAGCGGUGGAGGGGGCCACGGGUUGCUGAGCGCGCGCGACGCCCGCAGCCAGGACGGGCGCAGCGGCCACAGAAGCCUUAGCGGCGGCGGUGCUGGCGGCCUCAGCGCCAGCCGAAGCGUUGGAAUGCUGGCUUCGGGACCCGCCGGCACGUCCGGUGGUGGUGGUGGCAGCGGCAGGGUCUGGCGGUCGAUUACGCCCUCGUCCUUUCUGCUGCGCAGGAGUGCCAGCUCCGGGCUCGGGUCGUCGACGGCAGCCGCGUCCUCCUGUCACGGCAGCUCGCCGCCCACCUCCUCACCCUCACCGCCGCCGCUGCGUCGCUGCCUGGGCGGCCCCGCCCACGCUUCUGGUCCAUACCCCGCGGAGGAUUUCGUCCGCGAGAUUGCCAUUCUGAAGCGGCUGUCUCACCCCAAUAUCGUGCAACUGGUGGAGGUGAUUGAUGACCCCGCUUCGGACUGCCUGCUGCUGGUGAUGGGUUACGUGGAGGGCUCCACCCUGCAGCCGCAGCAGCUACAGCCGGGGCGGUGGCGGCAGGUGCCGGAGGAAAUGGUGUGGCGCUACGCGCGCGAUGUGCUGUGCGGCCUGGAGUACCUGCAUUGCCACGGAGUCGUGCACGGAGACCUCAAGCCCGCCAAUUUCAUACAGGACUCCCUGACGGGUGUGGUCCGCAUUUUGGACUUUGGCUCUGCGGUGCUGCAUGGCCGUGUGGGUGGAGAGGACGGGCUGCGUGGUGCGCACGUGCCCAUGAGCUGCACCCCGGGAUUCAGGUCACCGGAGAGCUUGGCGGCAGGAUACAGGCCUAGCUUUGAGCUGGACAUGUGGGCGCUCGGAGUGUGUCUCUACCUUUGGGCGUUUGGGGAGCUGCCCUUCAAGGGCUCGGCGCCAUUUGUGGUGUACGAGAACAUCCGCAGUGCCCCCCUGGUGAUACCCACACACACGCGCAUCUCCUCGCAGCUGAAUGACCUGAUGACCAGGCUGCUGGAUAAGGACCCCCUCACCCGCAUGACCGUCCACGAGGCGGUCUUACACCCUUGGACGACUGCGCAAGGAUUGGCCCCCAUCCGCACCCCCUCGCCCCUCGUUAUGGCAACCCGGGUCCAGAUGGCAGUGGCGGCAAAUGCCGCUGCCACCACGGCAGCACCGGCAGCAGAAAGCGGAGUCGGUACACCAGCUCUCAGAGGGCCCUUGCAAGCGAAUUGCCGGCAGUUCGUGGGUGCGGCGGCCGCUGGCAGCGGCGGCGCAGGUGGCAGCAAUGCGCUUUUCCCUGGGUGCACGAUGCCGCGCAUUGCGGAGGGCGGCAGCACCGGGAAUACGGGCUCGCUGGGACAUAGCGUGACGGCUACGGCGGCAGCGGCAGCCCUGGUCGGCGGCGGCAGCACCGGCGGCCGGCGCAACAGCAGCGAGGCGUGGGAGCUGCGACGCGGUGUGACGGAUGCGGAGCUGCAAGCGGCCAUCAGCAGCUGUUACGACCCCACCGGCAGCGCAGCGGUGCUGAUGGAAAGCAUCUUUUCCGAGGUCACCUUUCCCGCCAAGCAUCAAAUUAUUCGCGCGGGCGACCCCUUGGACCGCAUCUACCUCAUCACCGCUGGCGAGGUAGAGAUCUACCAUGACCUGGUGCUGGAUGGCCCGGACGCGCCGUGUCCACACAAGCCGAUCAUCGAGGGUCUGAGCGAUCCGGAGUCCGAGUUGGAUGACCCAGGGGACUUCCUCAACAUCCGACUACCUGGCAUCACGGUGCCGCAGCUGGAGCGCCUCUCCACCGGCCUACUCAACAUGACGUCGGGCGGAGAUCGGAGCAACCACGGCGCCUCUCAUGCGGCGGCCGCGCUGGCUGCCGCCUUCGGACCCGGUCCCUCGGCACCGGCGAGCACCGGCAGCUGCAUGCCGGCCGCGGCGCAGCAGAUGGCAUCCCCCUGCGCCACAAGUACCGGGAUCUAUGUGGGAGGCCUGCCGGCUAGGGGUGCCAACUCGUCCCGUACGACGCUGACGGGUCUAAGUGGCGGUGGUGGCGGCGGCAGCAAAGGCUCCGGCGGGCGGGAGCCCAGCAACAGCAGCCUCGGUCUCUUCUCCCGUGCGGGCACCCAGACGGGUCACCUGAUUGUGGCGGUAAAGGGCCCAGGGGACAGUCUAGGCUUUGCAGGGAUGUUGCCGGCUGGCGGCAGUGGCGCUGGCGCUGGCGCUGGCGGCGCAGCGUCGUCAUCGUUCGGCGAGAGAGACAGAGCUGCUGCUGAAAGUAGUGGCGGCGCUGGGAGUUGUGCGCGUCAGCCCGUGUGGUCUGCCAAUGUGUGCGCGCGCACGCAGGUAACGGCGUUCGUUGCGAGCAUUGAGUCGCUACACAAGUUGGCAAGGGCGCACCCGCAGGUAGAGCCGCUGCUGCAGCAAAUGGCCGUGCAGCAGGAGACUGACCUGGCAGUGGCCGAGGCGAUGCGGGCCCUGCGUCUCGUCGGCGGCGCGGCUGCACACGGUGCUGCUGCCGCCGCAGUAGCGGCAAGGUCAGCGGCGACUGCGAGCGCCUCUGCUGCCGCGCCCGGCGGUGCGGUAGAGGACGCCCCUGCGGCGUUAAACGCACCCGCUUCCGUAUCGGUGGCUGCUGCCGCCGCGCUCCACGCGCGCGGUGCAGCUCACGGCGGUGGCGGAGUGAGCUCCGAGGGUGAAUCAUUACCCCAGGCGCUGGUAUCGGAGUGGCACCGGAGGUCCAGCAGCACUGCCCUUGCGCUGGGCGCCGCGCGCGGCAGCGGUGGCAUAGUUGCCAGCGGCGAGGCUGGUGGGGGGAACAGUAGCGGCGGCGGCGCCAUUGGCGGCACCCUCGAUAUGGUUGAGAGCACUGAGGAAGCGGAUGGCGUAGACGACGUGGUGAUGAUGAGCGGGGAGCUGUUCUGCCACCUGGGUGCACCCAUAACCUUGGGGCGCCUGCGGCGACGCAUAGGACCACCCAUGAGGAGCCUGUUUUGUUGGUUGGGUCAGCAGCUGUUGGGGCUGCGGGAAGGCGAGGCGGUGUGGGGUGGGACGGAGACGCGGCUCAUUACGAGUGUCGCAACUGCUCGACCAGUGUGCAAUGGGCGGCCCACGGCGCGCGCACGAGUGUGCAAUGUGAUGCCGGGUCAGCUGCGGCGGACGGUGGUAGUGGCGGCGGCGGUAGCACCGCCACCGCCACCGCCACCGCCACCGCCAUCGUCGCACCGGGUAACAACCUGA